AUGGAUGUCGUCGCAUUGCGAACCGGCAUCCAAGCCUCUCUGGAUGCCAACGCCGACACCCGGCGACAGGCUGAAAUCGACCUGAAGACGGCUGAAGAGACUGCGGGCUUCCUCGAUGCCCUGCUGAAUAUCCUCGAGACCGAGCAAGACAAUGGCGUCCGACAAUCCACUGCCAUCUACUUUAAAAAUCACGUCAGCAAGGCCUGGCUCGCCAGCGGCGAAGCCCCUCCAUCCACCGGCGGCACAUUUAUCGAGGAGUCCGAAAAGGCGGCUGUCAGAGCGCGCCUGGUCCCCAUCCUCGCCCGAUCACAACCCAAUGUUCGCCCACAGCUCAUCGUUGCCUUGCAGAAGAUCCUUCACUGCGACUUCCCCAAGCAAUGGCCCGAGUUUGUCGACACCACAAUUGCCCUCCUCGGUGCUCAGGAUGUCGCAUCUGUCUUCGCCGGUCUGCAGUGUCUGCUGGCCAUCUGCCGUACCUACCGAUUCAAGCUCGGCGACAAUCGCGGCGAUUUCGACAAGAUCGUGGAAGCCAUCUUCCCUCAGCUUCUGAACAUUGGAAACGGGUUGAUCAAUGAGACGAGCUUGGAAGCAGGCGAGAUGUUACGGACAGUGCUCAAGGCAUACAAACACGCCAUAUACUUUGAGCUGCCGCGAUCGCUGCGGUCACACCAGGCCAUGGUGGACUGGUGUACGCUUUUCCUCGGCGUUGUCGCGAAGGAGCCGCCGGCCGAGGCCAUGCUUGAGGAUCUUGACGAGCGGGAGUUGAACCACUGGUGGAAGUGUAAGAAAUGGGCGUACGUCAAUUUGAACAGGCUCUUCGUCCGUUAUGGCAAUCCUGCGAGCCUGCAGAAGGGCAACGGCGAUGACUACACCGCGGUGGCGAAGGACUUCAUCACAACAUUUGCCCCCGAGAUUUUGAAGGGAUACCUCACUCAGAUUGAUGGCUGGGUCUCGAAGCGCAUCUGGCUGAGCAAGCCUUGCCUGUCAUAUACUUUGGCUUUCUUGGACGAGUGCAUCAAGCCCAAGGCUAUGUGGGACCACCUCCAACCGCAUUUGCCGGUGCUCAUCAAGCAUUUCAUCUUCCCGGUCCUUUGCCAGACCGAUGAAGACCUCGAGCAGUUCAAAAAUGAGCCAGCCGACUACCUCCACCGCAAGCUCAAUUUCUACGAAGAGGUCUCCGCGCCUGAUGUCGCGGCAACGACCUUCCUGGUCACUCUGACCAAGUCCCGGAGAAAGCAGACCUUUGACGUUCUGGCGUUCGUGCAGGAGAUUGUGAACCGCUAUGAGGCGGCUCCUGACGACCAGAAGAAUGCGCAAGAGAAGGAAGGAGCCCUGCGGAUGAUCGGUACGCUCGCCGCUGUAAUCCUCGGCAAGAAGAGCCCAAUUGCGGACCAAGUCGAAUACUUCCUCUUCCGAUAUGUCUUCCCGGAAUUCCGCAGCCCUCACGGCUUCCUCCGGGCCCGCGCUUGCGACACGCUCGAGAAGUUUGAGGCCCUCGACUUCAAGGACGAGAACAACCUGGCGACGGUCUACCGAUAUAUCCUCGAAUGUAUUGCCGACCCCGACCUGCCGGUCCGUGUCGGAGCCGCGCUUGCUCUCCAACCCCUUAUCCGACACGAGCCCAUCCGUGCGAUGAUGCAGCAAAAUAUCCCACAGAUCAUGCAGCAACUCCUCAAACUAGCCAACGAAGUCGAUGUGGAUGCCUUGGCGAACGUGAUGGAAGACUUUGUCGAGGUGUUCGCAACCGAAUUGACGCCUUUCGCUGUCGCCCUUUCCGAACAGUUGCGCGACACCUACGUUAGGAUUGUACGUGAGCUCAUCGAGCGACAGAGCACCAAGGACGGCGAAGAUAGCUAUGGCGACUUCUUGGAUGACAAGAGCAUUACCGCCUUGGGUGUCCUUCAGACCAUCGGUACCCUGAUCCUCACCUUGGAAAGCACGCCGGACGUGCUGGCACACCUGGAGACUAUUCUCAUGCCUGUCAUCACCAUCACCCUCGAGCACAAACUUUACGACUUGUACAACGAGGUCUUUGAGAUCAUCGACAGCUGCACUUUUGCGGCUAAGAUUAUUUCGCCUACCAUGUGGCAGGCCUUUGAGCUCAUCCAUCGGACAUUCAAAUCCGGCGCGGAGCUCUACCUGGAGGAUAUGCUACCGGCCCUGGAGAACUUUGUGAACUACGGCACCCCGACUCUCCUGGAGAACCGCGCCUACCUUGAUGCCAUUGUUGACAUGAUUCAAUCGAUCUUCAAGGAUGAGAAGGUCGGCGGCGUGGACAGGAUCUGCGGCUGCAAACUCGCCGAGAUCUUGAUGCUGAACCUUCGCGGUGGCAUCGACAACUACGUUCCGGGAUUCGUGGCACUGGCCAUGACCGUAUUGGCCAACAACGAUGUGCAGGUCAAGUCAUAUCGGAUCCAUCUCAUGGAGAUGGUCAUCAACUCGAUCUACUACAACCCACGCCUGGCUCUCACCGCGCUCGAAACCAACGGCUGGACCAACAAAUUCUUCAGCCUGUGGUUUGGUAGCAUGGACAACUUCACUCGUGUGCAUGACAAGAAGCUCUCCAUCGGAGCCAUCACCGCAUUGCUCUCGCUGCGGGCCGAGGAAGUCCCUCAGAGCAUCCAGCCCGGUUGGCCACGCUUGCUGCAGGGCAUCGUGCGGCUGUUCCAGACCCUUCCCGCUGCCAUCAAGAACCGCGAGGAAGCGCAACGGGACGACGACUUUGGUCUCGGCGGCGAUUACGACGACGAGGAGGAGGAGGAGGUCGACGCAUGGGAGAACGAAGACGGCGCGGACAAUGGAGCCGAUGAGACGGGCGACGUCAAAGACGAGAGCACCGCAUACCUCGCAUUCUUGAACGAGCAGGCCAGCAAAUUCAACACGGUCUCUGGGGACAGUGAGCCGGAUGAUGUGCUCGAGGAGGAGAGCUUGCUCGAGACUCCUCUGGACAAGAUGGAGCCUUAUGGGCUGUUCAAGCAAACCCUUGCCGAUAUGUCCCAGCAGCAACCGCAAUUCUAUAACCAGCUGACAACCCUCCUCGGCCCCGAGGAGCAGCAAGUCAUCAAGCAAGUGUUCGAAAAGGCCGACCAGGUCCAACUCGAGGCGCAAAAAGCCGCGGGCGAAGCCGAUGGCGCUGCUAUUGCCAAUGGCUCGAGCUGA